AUAAAGAGCAGCGGGCCCACACAAUGAAGUGAAGUACACAUCAGAUUUGCACACUUGUCAUUCUAGGACACGUGUUUAUGCGUAGUUGGUUCGCAUCCUGCUUUUCUUUCUCUCUAACACUUGCUCUGAACAGAAAGACGAGAAAAGAAAGGAUGAACGAUCCGAAGCGAAAACUUCGGUUGGCGCAGAGAGAUAACUACUUCGACUUUGAAAAAGAGAAACCCAAAGUGCGAGAGAGCUUCCAAUGCUCUUCUUUGGUUAGGCCUUUUGACCUGGUUGGUUUUCUCUUCCCUUGCCUCUAGGGUUUUAAUCUCAGUCUGAUCUCUGAUCAUCCAACCAAGGAACUUUUGCCGGAAUUUGCUGAUUAAUCACCUGUUGUUUCAGGGUCGUCUCCGUUUGCAGAUAUGGUGAAUUCGUUGGUCGAACGAGCGACGAGUGAUAUGCUGAUCGGUCCCGACUGGGCCAUGAACAUUGAGAUCUGUGACAUUGCGAAUCACGAUCCAGCGCAAGCGAAGGAUGUUGUCAAAGGUAUUAAAAAGCGUCUUGGGAGUAAGAAUCCGAAGGUCCAGCUGCUUGCCCUCACACUGUUGGAGACAGUAAUAAAGAAUUGUGGCGACAUCGUCCAUAUGCAUGUUGCCGAUAGAGAUAUUCUUCAUGAGAUGGUGAAGAUAGUUAAAAAGAAGCCUGAUUUUCAUGUCAAGGAGAAGAUACUGACCCUAAUAGAUACCUGGCAAGAAGCUUUUGGAGGACCAAGAGCUAGAUAUUCUCAAUACUAUGCUGCAUAUCAGGAGUUGUUGCGUGCUGGAGCAGUAUUUCCUCAGAGAUCUGAGAGGUCUGCACCCAUAUUUACACCUCCACAAACACAGCCUCUAUCAUCAUAUCCCCAAAACUUGCGUAAUACUGAUUACCAGCAGGAGGUAUCUGAGUCUUCAAUAGGCUCUGAAUCUGAUUCUCCAACCUUGAGCCUGACAGAAAUUCAGAAUGCUCGGGGUAUUAUGGAUGUCCUUACAGAAAUGCUAAAUGCAGUGGAACCAGGGAACAAAGAGGGGCUUAGGCAGGAGGUAAUUGUUGAUAUGGUUCAACAGUGCCGCACGUACAAGCGGAGAGUGGUCCAUUUAGUUAACACAACUUCGGAUGAAUCUUUGCUUUGUCAAGGUCUAGCAUUGAAUGAUGACUUGCAGCGUUUAUUAGCCAAGCAUGAAGCCAUUGCUUCUGGAACUGCUGUUCCUGUUCGUGCGGAGAAACCGAAAAGUCCUCAGGCACUUGUGGACGUUGAUGAACCUGUAGUUAAUAGCAAUGGAAGGUCCACUUCAAGUACUGCUGAAGCAAGUCAACCUCUUGAGUUGUUGCCAGCCCCUCCUGCAUUGAAUGGUCCAGCGACAGCUCCAGCAAGGAUUGAUCCUAAAAUGGACCUUCUCAGUGGUGAAGAUUACAAUUCUCCUACUGCAGAUAAUUCACUAGCACUUGUUCCAGUGGGAGAACCACAACCAAGCAGUCCUAUGUCUCAACAGAACAUGCUUGCUCUUUCAGACAUGUUUCAUCAGAAUAAUGGUAGUACAAUUUCUUUCAAUACUCAGACAGUUAUGCAAGGUGGACUAAUGUACCCUACAUCGCCACAGUUUUCUCAGCAGAGGCCCCCACAAUCCCCUCGAUCCCCAUCUUAUUUCAAUGGAAGUACUCCAAACAUGGGGUUCUCUCAAUAUGAGCACUCACCUUAUGGUAAUCCUGCAUGGAAUGACCAGGUUUCUCUAGGCAUGAACCACCAGCAACAACUCAGUUAUGGUGCUCAAAGUAGUGGGGCGCUGCCUCCUCCACCCUGGGAAGAUCAAUUAACAGAAGGUAGCCCGCUGGGAGGGACAAAAUACCCCCAACCGUUGCAUCUCACCCAGGUUGUGAUCAAUUCUCCUCAACCAGUUCCGAGUAGCCCACGUUCUCAGCCAACAGGGAAUGACAAUGUGGUAGGUAUGUAUAUUCAACCAAUUACGAGCGGUCAGUUAGCAGCCAUCAACACUCAACCCAUCCAGAGCAACCAGAUGGUGGGCAUACAUCCUCCGCCAAUCCAUGGAGGGCAGAUGAUGGGCAUGUUACCUCAGCCAAUUACAAACGGUCAGUUACCAGCCAUCAACACUCAACCCAUCCAGAGCAACCAGAUGCUGGGCAUCAACAUGGGAUAUGGUUAUGGUUAUCCAAUGGAGGCUCAAUAUCUCGAACAGAGAAUGUAUGGGCUAUCUGUUCAGGAUGAAAGUGCUUUACAGAACUCUUCCUACGUGUCUCCUACUUCCUAUCUGCCGCCGGGCAGGAAAUCCAAGCCAGAGGAUAAGCUGUUUGGGGACCUUGUGAACAUGGCAAAUGUGAAACCAAAGAAUACCACUCCUGGUCGAGCUGGAAGCAUGUAGACACUUGGUGCUUAACCUAUUUUUUUAUUCCCGUUUUUUCUUCUUCCUAAAUUAAUUUUUCUCACUUUCUCCUUCCCUUACAUAUAUUCUUCACUGUUGGCCUCUUAUUUGUAUUGCUUGUAUGGCGAUUGAAAUCAUGUACAUUCCCUGUAGAGAAGAGAAUGGAAGACUGACAAUUCUUUGCUUUCGCCGAA